GCGAUCGCCCUUUUACUCAGUGCAACACAAAACUUGGCUGCAGCACCAGGGCAGAGUGUGGUUCGACCCCACUCCCGCAUUGCAAAUUAAGAUCCAAGGAGAACUGUGAACAACCACAAAGUCCGGCUUGCCAAAGCGGAUUACUUGUUGCGGUCCACUCCCCCCUCCAGGCAGGGAGCCAUGGUUUACGUCAGGCAGAAACAAAGCUGCAGCUGCUUCUGCAAAGGUGGAAUAAGCAGCCCUGACUUCAUCAUCUUGCCGUGGGCUGAUCGCUGCUGCAGUUGGAAGCACAGCAGAAGCUGGGCGGAGAAACUGCCGUGCAACUGAAGUUAACGAGCCGAUGGGUUUUUGCACUAACAGCCCAGGCUCAGUAACCUUAUAAAAGACCAAUGUGUGGGUGAGAAGCUUCAGACUCCCUCCAAAUAUUUUGAAGUAGAGAAGAAGAAAUGAAUCUUGCAAAUGAUGGUGCAACAUUAUUUGACUGGGACUAUGUUCUGUGGGAAGUUCGUUUGAAGCUACUGGCAGCUGGCUUUUUUAUCUACCUGGGAGUAUUUCUUCUAGCUCACUGGCUGUCCUCAUGCAUCAGUGCCAGUUAUCGCACUUUGUCAGGAUAUGAGAAGGUCUUGUGGAACUUGGUUAUCACAGGUGCCCUGUUUGGAAUUCAGUGUUGUGUAGCUGGGUUGUGGGCCUUACUCAAAGAUCCAGUUUUUCAAGCUGACCAAGUGUAUUCACAGCAAAAGUGGAGCUGGUUUCACUGCUUAAUAGCCGCUGGCUUCUUCUUGUAUGAAAAUGUAGUUAUUCAUGUGUCUAAUAUUGUUUUCAGAAAAUUUGAUAUGUUCUUGGUAGUUCAUCAUUUAUUUGCCUUUGGUGGGCUUUUUGGUCUGAUAAUUAACAUAAAAGCUGGGCACUAUCUACCCCUGAUGGGACUGCUACUUGAGAUGAGCAGUCCUUCAUGCUGCAUCUCGAGGGUGCUUUCAAAGACUGGCUAUGGUAAUACCCUUUUUUGGAAGGCAAGCCAAAUGGUAGAUAUCCAUAUGGUUCACUGCCGCAUGGUCCUCAUUUAUCACAUGUGGUGGGUAUGUAUUUCUAAUUGGAAUGAUGUGGUGGAAAAUCUGGGACUUCCAUAUUCUGUUGUCUUUUUCUUGGGGCUAAGUACACUUACAUUAAUACUUAAUCCAUACUGGAUGUACGUAACGACUCAGCGGCUCUUCGGUCCAGUUGAUUGGAAUUCUUCAAAUACAGCAGUGAAAAAUGGAUCCUCUGAAAAAUUAAAUAUCGAAACAUUCCAAAAGAAGAAGAUAUAAUUCUGCAACAGUUAUUAGGGUAACAG